AUGGGAUUGGUCAUCCUAAAUGGCAAGCGAUUCGAGGACAACGAUUUUGUCAUUAAUUUCGAUGACGCCUGUCUGUAUGGAAGAGAUGUGCAACUGCUGGAAUCCUCGACUGGCUGGUUGAACGAUACGUGCAUUCAUUACUACUUCCGGCGCCUGGCCUCUAAGGAUAAUUCGAGAUCCAUCUUUCUAGACCCAUCCGUCGUCUCGUUCCUGAUGCAUCAGUGUGACGAUAACGACGACCUUGUGGACAUUUCGCGAGGGUACGACAAUUGGACUUGUUCCAGACUGUUUGUACCCAUCAACGACAACUUGUCGUCGGAGAACUGGACGACACCCGGGGCCGGAACACAUUGGAGCUUGUUAGUGAUUGUACCAGCGCAGUCACCUCUCUACCUGCACAUGGAUUCAGUUCCGGGAUCCAAGAAUGCACUGACCGCGCAAGCGGUGGCCGAAAAAUGGGAAGAGGCCUAUUGGCUGACAUUGCCCUAUCAGAACGAAAGAGCAAUUCGUGUACAGGAACUGGAUGUACCAAGCCAACGCAACGGGAACGAUUGCGGAAUGCACGUGCUGGCAGCUGUCCGUGCGCUACAAGGUGUUGAGGCGGAGGCAUCUGUAGCAGUUUAUCGAGCGAAGCUUGCGGAUACGCUGGAAAAGGAUCUGUCCAAAAAUACAAUGUUCAUGAAGGACUUUCGACGAGAAAUUGUCGAUGAAAUUGCCUCCUUUGUUUCGUAG